GUAAGCAAAUAAAGGUUAGCAUGGUUUUCAGCCUUCCUCUAAUUUUUCAGAUCUGCACUGGAAACAAUGUCACUGAUAACUAUGACUCCAACACCACCAUUGACUACACCCUGUUCGAGACCCUGUGUGAGAAAGACGAGGUCCGUAACUUCCGUGCUGCUUUCCUCCCAGCCAUGUAUUCCCUCAUCUGCUUCAUUGGGCUGGUGGGGAAUGGGCUUGUGAUGCUGACCUACAUCUACUUUAAGAGGCUUAAGACCAUGACAGACAUCUAUUUGCUGAACCUGGCCUUGGCGGACAUCCUCUUUCUGUUGACUCUCCCCUUCUGGGCCACAAGUGCAGCCAUGUACUGGCUUUUUGGGGAGUUUGCCUGCAAAGCUGUCUAUUGCAUCUGCAAGAUGAGCUUUUUCAGUGGAAUGCUGCUUCUCCUGUCUAUCAGCAUUGACAGGUACUUUGCUAUUGUUCAGGCUGCCUCUGCCCACCGUUUCCGUCCCCGGAUGAUGUUCAUAAGCAAGGUCACAUGCAUCCUCAUCUGGCUCCUUGCUUUCAUCCUGUCAAUCCCUGAGCUGGUUCACAGUGGCAUAAAUAACUCAGCCAGCCAACCCCGUUGCUCUAUCAUUGCUACUGACUUGCAGACAUUUAACACCGGCAUCAAGGUCUCCCAAAUGGUUUUUGGUUUCUUAUUUCCCCUGCUGGUCAUGUCUGUCUGUUACCUCAUCAUUAUCAAAACAUUACUCCAGGCCCGCAACUUUGAGAAGAAUAAAGCUAUUAAGGUCAUCAUUGCUGUGGUAGUAGUCUUCAUUGUCUUCCAGUUGCCCUACAAUGGCGUCAUGCUGGCCAAGACCAUCUCUGCUUUCAACCACACCAGCUCAUGUGAGGAGAGCAAGCAGCUUGACGUGGCAGAUGAUGUGACCUACACUCUGGCCUGCUUCCGAUGUUGCCUCAAUCCUUUCCUUUAUGCCUUCAUUGGUGUUAAAUUCCGCAAUGACCUCUUCAAGCUUCUCAAGGAACUUGGCUGCCUGAGUCAAGAGCGCCUCUGGCAGCUGUCUGCCUGCCGUGAGAGCAAGAGGUUUUCCAUUGCCAUGGAGACGGAGACAACAACCACUUUCUCACCGUGAGGGGAGUUCUCC